GAAACUCUUCUUUCUUCUCGAACAUAAAAACCUCAAAAAGGCAAAAACCCUGAACAGAAUUAAAAAAUAAAAAACAAAAGCAAAACCUCACAAACAAAAACCCUAUAAAUAAAAUCCAUUAAACAAUAAUCAACAAUCCCUCUUCUUUCAAUGGAGUCGCUUUCCACUUCACUCCUCAACACUCCUUUACCUUCUUCUUCUUCUUCCACUUAUUCCUUCAACUUAACAUCCAAUAAGCGAAUUGGGUCUCUUAAAUUCUCUGACAGUAGCUCUAAUUUUGGCGGUGUUGGGCUCCGUAUUCAUGCCUUGGCGCGUCAAGUUUCCAGUGAAAGUGAAGAUGAGAAACCUUUGAAUAAAGGGUUUGGCCUAGUUUCUGGCGAUAGCCUCUCUUUACCUCAGGGUAAUUCAGAUCAUGUUCAAAGUAAUGAAAAGGAUGCAGAUAAAAUAAUAAAGUUGGAGGCCCCUCUUCUGUCUCCACCUCGUGGAAGUGGAAGUGGAAGUGGAACAGGAACAGGAACUGGUGGGGGAACAAGAGCUGGACUUUUUAGAACCCCAAUAUCUGGUGGAGUGCAGAGUGCAACCUCAGCUCAUGGUUUACCUCGACCAGCCUUAGCAGUUCGCAAUCUGAUGGAGCAGGCCAGAUUUGCUCAUCUUUGCACUGUAAUGUCUCGGAUGCACCACAGGCGAGAAGGUUAUCCAUUUGGGUCCCUUGUAGAUUUUGCACCUGAUUCUAGUGGGCAUCCAAUAUUUUCAUUUUCACCACUGGCCAUCCAUACACGGAAUUUGUUAGCUGACCCCAGGUGCACACUUGUUGUGCAGAUACCGGGUUGGAGUGGCUUAUCAAAUGCCAGAGUAACAAUAUUUGGAGAUGUCUUCCCACUUCCAGAGCAUCAACAGGAGUGGGCCCAUAAACAAUACAUCUCAAAACAUCAACAAGGGCCUUCCCAACAGUGGGGGAAUUUCUACUACUUUCGGAUGCAAAACAUAAGUGACAUAUACUUCAUUGGAGGCUUUGGCACUGUUGCCUGGGUCGAUGUCAAGGAAUAUGAAGCCCUCAAGCCUGAUAAAAUUGCUGUUGAUGGAGGCGAGCAAAAUCUGAAGGAACUCAACGCAAUAUUCUCAAAGCCGCUCAGAGAGCUGUUAUCCAUGGAGACUGAGGUAGAUGAUGCUGCCCUCAUAUCAAUAGACAGCAAAGGAACUGAUAUUCGUGUCCGUCAAGGUGCACAGUUCAAUAUACAGAGGUUGUCUUUCGAAGAAGGUCAUAGAGUUGAAACAUUGGAGGAAGCCAAGGCUGCCCUUUGGAAACUAAUUAAAAAGGGUCCGGUACAUAACUUGCAUACAUAAAAGUUGGAUUGCUCAUAAUGCAUCGUUGAGCAUCGGUUUCCUACCUUCCUGAGAAGCAUAAAGUAAGGUGAGUUACCAGAAUCUGUAACCUUAGACAUUUGAGAAGUCACUAAUCUUUUUUUUCCUUUCUUUUUUUGUUGUGGGUUCUCUUGUCAUUUGAUAACUUAUAAUUUUAGGCUUUAUAGCUAUAGAAACUUCUGUAUUAAAAAAUAAACAAGGCAAUGCCAGCCCCUCCCUAAUUCUAUCCUUUUUUUUGGGUGAUAA